AUGCACAGUAGGAACUGUCACCUACAACCAUUUUCUGUCAUAUAAAAUCUGUGAACAUGUUUUUGUGUAGAGACCAUGCAUGAGGAUGCAUUUGUAAGCCUGGGUGAUUUGUAAGUCGCUCUGGAAAAGAGCGUCUGCUAAUGAAAAUGUAACCUUGGUAAGGCUUACAUGAUUGUGCUAGUUGUCUUUCACUAUAACAGCCCAUGGGUAUGGGGAAUGGUGUAUGGGCUUUGGUCUGUCUUCCCUCUGUUCUGAUUGUGGCUGUGUAGCAGGAGUUCAUGUGAAGACUGUGUAAAUCCUGGAUCUACUCUGUCCAAGCCCCCUUACGUGGUAGUGGAGGGUUGCCAGGUUUGAUGAGAUAUUGUCCCCACCGUGACAGCAGAGAUAUAGAGUGAUACUUGAGAGAGAAUAUACUAUAGUGUUCACGCUCACCUUUCUGAGUCUUUCUGAAGCAGCUGGAUACACUGGUCCUAAGCCACAACAGGCUGUCUUCUGUACCAAAUGCCACCAGGAAUAACCUAACUUUGCGUAGGCUGGAUCUCAGCGUCAAAAGCAUCGAUAAACUAGGCUACUCCAAUUUUGCCAAUCUAACAGGACUCAAAAUAUUCCAUAUUUUCCAUUAUAAAAUCCCCAACCUUGAAGCUUGUAUUAUUCAACAUUUUAGGAACAUGAAGGUCCUAAGCAUUGGAGCAAACAAAUUCAAGACUUUGAGUGAUGCUUUCAAGAAUGGUUUGCAACAACUAGAUAUCUUUGAUAUGCCAGGCGGUUUAUUAGAAACUAUCCGUAAUGGAGACUUUAAAAACUAUGCCUACCACCUCUUCCUGGCUUAUCUCCACGAUACCAAGAGGAGGAAGAUCUGGAGAGCGAGUGGUGCUCUCGGGAGAUCCAAGUGGCCAGCUUCCCUCUGUUUGAUGAGCAGAAGGACGUUCUGAUCCUGGAAAUCCCAGACCAGCAGCUCUCUCCCUACCACCGCAUGAGGACGCUGGUGAAGAGAUGCACCUACUUGAGCUGGCCCAGAGCUGGGGAGCACACUGGGGUCUUCUGGGAAAAACUCAGUGGCUCUGGAGACCAGGGACUGCCCUGCUGA